AUGGGUGCCCCCCGGCGGGCCGUGUUCAGUGUCCUGCUGUGCGCGGUGGCCGCGGGGCUGUGCCUGGCCCAGCACUGGUCCCACGGGCUGCAGCCGGGGGGGAAGAGGAGCGGCCCGGCCCUGCUGGGACCCCUGCAGGAGGUUGCAAAUGAAAUGGGAAAAUUGGAGGAGGUGCAGCAGAGUGAGUGCCCAGAAUUCCAGAAUUCCAGGAUCAGGGAUCUGAAGGAAGCCAUGGAGAGGCUGGUGGAGGGAGAAGGCAGAAGAAAAAUUUAA